UGGAGACAGCAAUCCCGAGGCGAAGGGUCCUCUUCUUGCUUCCUUCUUAUUCACACCCCAACCCCCCAAACUCUUCAUUGCCUAAUCUCCUCUCUUUCUUCUCUCUCUCUAGAUUUUGUUCAUGUAUGAUCUUGUCUUAAAAUUCUGACUCUCCCCAACUAAACAAAACAAAACAAAACAAAACACAAUAUGGGUCUCACUUCUCUUCAAGUUUGCAUGGAUUCUGACUGGCUCCAGGAAGCUGAGUCAUCAGGAGGAAGCAUGUUAGACUCUACAUCGACUUCUCCAUCAGCAGCCGACAUACUAGCUGCUUGCAGCACUAGACCACAAGCCUCGGCCAUGGCUGUAGCCGCGGCUGCUCUGAUGGACGGUGGAAGGAGGCUGCGUCCACCUCACGACCAUCCUCAGAAGUGCCCUCGUUGCGAGUCAACACAUACUAAGUUCUGUUACUACAAUAACUAUAGUCUCUCUCAGCCUCGUUACUUCUGCAAGACUUGUCGCCGUUACUGGACCAAAGGCGGCACUCUAAGGAAUAUUCCGGUCGGUGGUGGCUGCCGGAAAAACAAGAAACCCUCUUCAUCUAAUUCUUCAUCCUCCACGUCUUCCGGAAAAAAGCCAUCCCACAUUGUUACCACUAAUACCAGUGACCUUAUGGCUUUAGCACAUUCUCAUCAGAACUACCAGAAUGACUCUCUCGGGUUUUCACAUUUUGGUGCGAAUGGGAUGAUCGGGUCUUCCACAGCUCUCGGCCAUAGUAACGUUGGUUUCUUGGAGAGCAAGUAUGGCGUUUUGCUUUCACCGAUCCCUAGACCUAUUGAGUUUUUGGACAGUAACUUUGAUCUCAUGGGAGUGAACAAUGACAAUCUAGUCAUGGUUGAUCCUGGAAGUAACGGUGAUCAUCAUCAACAUCACAUGGGUCUAAAUCACGGAUUAGGUCUUAACAACAACAACAACAAUGAUGGGUUUCACGGGUUUUGUCCGGCAAGCAACGGAAAUGGUGGUGGUGGUCUCAUGGAUAUCUCUACAUCCCAAAGACUUAUGCUAUCUAAUUAUGACCAUCAUCAUUAUAAUCAUCAUGAAGAUAAUCAAAGGGUAACAUCAAUAAUGGAUUUGAAGCCAAGUCCAAAGCUGUUAUCGCUUGAUUGGCAACAAUGUCAAGGCAACUCCAAUGGUAGCGGAGGAAAAUCUGACGGUGGUGGAUACGUAGGUGGCAGCUAUAUUAGCGGCUUAGGUUCGUCGUGGAAUGGUUUGAUGAGUGGCUAUGGUUCGUCCACUAAAACAAACUACUUGGUUUAAUAAACUAAUAUCUAACCUUUUUUCUUGUCGUUAUCAAAGUAGAGAAGGGGUUGCUUUGAUUAGUAAUUUUCAGAUAUAUUUUUCGUUUUGUGUGUGGUAUUGUGAUGCCUUCUUUUCUGUUUGCUAUUUUAUCCUGAUGCUAUUUUCUGUAUUUUCUGUUUGUUAAUCAAAUCAGGAUCUUCAUCCCAUAAUUAAUCAA